AUGCUGCAGAAGAAAGUGAUACAGCCAGAGUAUGACAAGAAGGUUCAGAAGAUGCAUCAAAAAGCAGAGACUUUGAGAACUGUAAAAGCUGAACAUGAGCGAGCAGCAGGCGGCGCCGCGCGGUGGGGGAGGCGGUGCCGGGCGGUGCCGCGGGUGCCGCAGGCGCUGGGGAAGCCAGAAAGGGGCGGGGCGGGGGAGUGGUGUCUGCCGGGCGGGGUUGACCAUUCAUCUGGAGCAGCGCGAGGCGGAAAGGUUGACCGGUCAGCUGGAGCAGCGCGGGAAAUCAUAACUCAACAAGUGCUUCCAGGAUCCCGAAGAUGUGGACUGGCAUCCUCACAGGUUCCAGGUCCCAGUCCCUGUCUAGGUCCCAGACAGACACAGCUUGCACAGAAGACAACAGUAGUCAAUGAUUCAAAACUGAAAGGGCAGGAAUCAAAAGAGCAGAUUCUUGUACUGGAAGACCAGCUGAAAAAUGAUAAGAAGACUAUGUACGUCACAUCAGUUGGAACACCGUACAGAGGGACACCCAGCAGCUGUGCCCAGCAUGUGGCCACCAAGGGCAGGGACAGCCCCACCGGUCUUUCUCUAGGAAGCCACAUUCUUGAUGCAAACUUUCACCAAACUGAUGUUUGCCUCUUUGGGGAGCCUGCUGAGUUUGAAUACCUGAGGAAAGUGCUCUUUGAAUACAUGAUGGGUCGUGAGACAAAGAGGACAUCUCUUUCUCACCACCAUUGCUGUUUUGUUAUGGAAAUCAAGAUGAGCAGAAACUGGCAGUCCUUCCCUUAUGCAUGGCAUAUCCAGACCCUGCUAUAUGGCUUGUGGAUCUAUGUAUCCUUGGAAAGAAGAUUUUUAAACAGUCACAAGCUGAAGAACUAGCUACAGCGAAAUGGAAGAACAGACCAGUAGGAAUUAAAUGUAUGUAUUGUGAGGACAUCAGCGUAGGCACCUCAUUCAGUUUUCCAGUGGAAACUCAACCUGAACACAUUACCUAUGAAAAGUAAUUCCCCUUGCAUUUGAUGGCAACAUUUCCUUCAUUUAAUGGGACUGCUGUAGGAAGGUAUAGUUUGUACCAUGACAACUACAGUAAGUCUGGGUGCUGCAAGUGAUUUGAUGUCUGACAGGCUGAAAUGGUAUGAGUUGAAAUGUAGAGGCAGGUCCUCUCAGUGUGACUGUAGUCAUUUUGGAAACACAGAUCUCCAUCCCUGUCAACCCAGCAGUUUCCUGCCUCAUCCUUUGGUAGGUAAGUGACUUAGGGAGCUCCCUUUUUAUCAAAAGUAUGUAGUAUUUAUCAUAUUUGAUGUAUAUAUUAAAAUUUGGUCUUUUGUAGUUACUCCUUUUAUGUAUUUGUAAGAAAGCCACACCCCUCUCUCUGACAGCUUCAGCAGUGGUGAGGUCUUGAAAAGAAAGAAGGAAGGAGUCUUUUCUAUCAUCCUUACAGUGCAAUGAAAGGUGACAGUGCUCUUCUGUCUGGUUCAGCGAGGGAGGCAACCAUGAUCAAUCUUUUGCAUGAAACCACAGUAGAAGAGGAAGUGAAGAGGAUGCUCUUUACCUGGUAUGCAAGAGCAGCUACAAAAAAUGUCUGGAAACAUCUUAUCUGCUUGAAAGACUAAAGAAGUUUGGCUUCCUGAGCUCCUUACAGCUGACUCUCAAGGUGGAUCAGAUCACAUAGCUCUGUGGGAACUAAUGAAACAUGAACUGCAGUAUUAAGACCUGGUUUACAAAUGUAGUUACUGUUCUCCUUGUCAGAGAAACAGGAAGAAUGCACAUGAAAAAUCAGCAUCUUACAGCUGCAAUGAGAAUGCUUUAACACAAGUUCACUUAAAACCUCCUUGCUAAGCACAUACUGACGUCAAUGUAUGUAUAAUAGCUGGGAGAGGUGGCAGCCUUUCUAUUAAUGAGCUUAUGGGAUGCCUUCCCAUCAUUAGUAUGCCCCUGAUUUGGGACCACAUCCUCUUCCCAGCUGUGGCUGGGGGGUGAGUUGGAGGGAGCCCACCACAGGUUAGAGAAAUCCACACCUGAACAGGAGGAUCUAAAAAAAGCUGGUCAAGCAAGCUUAAAACAAAAGUACUCCUAAGUCAUGGGUGCCCUCAGGAAGUCAGUGAAAAUGCAGUUACUUGUGGAAGCAGACUGGCUUAAAAUAGACGGUGAAACCUCAGCACUACUUUGCUAAAUAUGCCAGGAAAGGCAAAUGAUUAGCAUAUGAAAAAGCAACGUCUCAAAAUUAAGUAAGGUAUUGGUCAAAAUAAGGAAAACAAUAUUGAGUUGGAUACAUGCAGCACAGGAGAAUAAUUAUAUAAAUAUUUAAAAAAAAGAUUCUUGUGUGAAGUGGCAUUUUGGGGGGAGAAGCCAGGUCUGUACACAGCUGAAUCUGUAAGCAGUGAAGAUAAGGGGCAUUUGUUUUCUUUCUCUUUUAACAGUCAGAACAUUAUUGUUGUGAGUUGUUUUUCCCAUGCUCUACAAUUCAAAUUAUGAAGUGAAAAGUAUCACCAAGGAUGCUGUUUCACUGAUAGUCCUCAAUUUACAGGUAACUCUUUUAAUUUCAGAACUAAUCUGGAGACUGAGCCCUGACAAGAUACAUGUUAAAUGCCAGUCAAGUGCUUAAUUAAUAUAGGUGGGUGUAGAUUAUGAUUUGGUCCUAUAGUGCAGGUGUGUGCUAGGUGAUGCAAGCAUCAAGGUUCAAGCAUCAAGAACAGGGCUAUAAGAUGUCUGAUACAGCUAUUCUUAUUUUGAAUGGUUCUUCACAAAGGGCUGGCAUACAAUUUAAUGUAUUAUUCCUUGUUCUUACUCCUUAUUUUAGCCAUCAUAUUCAUUUAACAUUAUGCUAUUGUUAUGCUUGUCACUGCAGUUGGAUGCUUCCUAUUGCUUUCAUAAAUUGCAUGUCAGGAUUUUAUCAGCUAAAUGACACUAUUGAGACAGGCAGUUUCUGCUUCUGCUUGGACUGACAAAAUUCCCAUUGGAUUAAAUGAUGUGAGGUGACUUCAGUAUUUGGAUGCACAGUAGAAGAAAGAAAUGGAUGGAAGUACUGUUGUCUUUGCCAAGAAGAGAGAGGUGAUGGACUGACACCAUUCUGUUUUGUAUUACUUCUAGAUGAAAUAAGUCCUCCCAAGAGUGCUCUACAACAGGAGAGACAAGUGUUUCAUUCACCUCAUCCAGCCACUUUUCUUCCCUCCUCUCACUGGAGACAGAUGGACCCUUUGCUCUUUCCAGCAUGUCAGCUCACAUUUCCUUUAAGUUUGUCAGAGAGCUGCCUGAGCAUCAUUCAGUGCCUGGGUAAUUAAUUAAAAACCCCCAUCACUUUCUUGCUUUGAAAGGCAGAGGAUUUGGCUUAGUGGUGCUAAUGGGAUUGGAUGUCAUUUGUGAAAUUUGCUUAAUCAUGGCAUAUUGACUUUCUGCCUAAAUCAGAUUACUUCUCUCCAUAUUGAUUGCACGGUUAUAAAACCCCUGUGAAAAUCUUUUCAUUAAAUAUUAUAAAUCUCCCUGCUAAUACAAUGUAAAUGCCCUGUUGUUUUCACUUGGUGCUCUAAUGAGCAAAUCAGUUCUUUCAAUUUGAUCUUAUACUAAAGCUGAAUUAUUGGUAAGUCACUUUUCCAUUUCAUUUGAUAUUGAGCCCCGUAUCACAAAGAUUUAAGACUAGAAAAUGUUCACAUCUUCAUAAUCCUGGACAUAUUUACAUAAAGAAGAGAAGAUUUGAAAUGCCCCAACCUUUUCAAAAGCCACCUUGAACAAGAGCUAGCUUUAAAUAAUUUUACCACUAGGCUUUACGCAGCAAAUUUAAAGUACCUUGAUGACUGGAAACCUUCCUUCCUUCAUUGAUUUGCUUUUUUAAAACAACAAAACUCUGUAUUUAUUACUUCUCCAUUAAACUUGUCCCUGGAAUAUUCCUAGACUGAUGUCCACUUUAUGACAUCAUGAUCAAUAUCAGAAGUGGCAGUUUCUAAAUAGCAACAUAUACAUAUGGUACCAGGAUGGUUGCUCUGAGUGAAGCUCAAGGGUGAUGCUUAUGAACAAUCCUUUUACCUGAGGAGGAUGCUCCCCUGAAGAAACAGGCUAUGCUUUUGAAAGAGACGUGGAUAUUGUGAAACAGCUUACCACAAAAUUCCCUUCUCUCCAAACAAGCAGCCUGAUGGGCUCAGUCAGCACAAACCCUUUGCAGGAAACUACAUGGUUUUCACCGAGAGCUUCCUGUACUAAUAGACAAUUUGACCCACCACAGCAUGUUCUCAUUCCAGCUUUUGAACAGCCCCAACAUCCAGCACUCUUCCCUGAAGGUCACUGUCAUCAUCAGAAGCAAAUUCCCCGUGAACCAUCAGGUAUCAAACACACUCAGAACGCGCCUGUGCAAAAACUACUGGAUCUGGCCACUUAUCUCCAGCUGCUUCCCAGAAGAAGCGGUUCCUGUCCUAUCAGAGUUCCUGGACCCUGUGCUCUGGUGUUUCCCAAGACCUAUUCUGCUUCUCUCAGUGCACCUUCUCAUGGAUAGGGGAGUACAUUGAAUUAAAUAGCCAAGGCUGACAACAAUAAACGAAACUCGCAGUUACCUCUGAGGGAGCAUUUGUUCUCUGAGAUACUAGUCUUGAUCCUCAAGAGGGAUCAAAAUAUGAUUUCUCAUGGAUCCUGAGGACUAAAAUUUAUAGUUUUUUACUGAAUAAUAAAAGGAUGGGCUUUGUGGGUUUUCUAGCACAGCUCCAGCAGGGUGAUCUGUCACCCUUAUCUUAUCCAUGAGAAGAAACUAUCUUCUUGCUUUUCUUUGCUUAUCUUUUAUUGCCUGUUUAACUGAUUAUUUUCCCUUUCAGAUAGCCUAACUUAACUAUAUACAUAAUAGGACAAUUAUUUUCAGCUUUUACUUGUCCAUGAAGGUUGCUGCUUCUUUUUCAGACCUGAAGGACUUAUUCCAGAAAACAAAUGUCCAACUUAUUUUCCAAAGUAUUUUCAUUCCUAUUGCCCUAAUAAAACACGUCACCUCUCCCCUUGGCUUCACUUUCCUCAGGAAAAUGUUUUGUUUGUCUCAGCAUGAUGUGAAUCAGGCACUUCUUCUGCCUCCCUAGAUGUGAAGUUCAGGAAAGGCUGAUGGCUCCAAAGGAGUGAUGAUGGGAGGCAGGACUGAUUCCUCCAACACCUCUUUCUGGCCCUCAUCUUUGUGACUUACCUCUUCUCCCUCCAGACCUGUGAGGGGCCAGAUUAAAUAAGCGUUUCCUCAAAGAUUGCUGCUGCUGGCAAGUGGAUACACAGAUGCAGAAGUCAGUGAAUCAGCACUAGGCAGAAAAGGUGGGAACGGGACUUGACU